CGCUCAAACUCGUUUCCCUUCAGUUCCAACGGAGACGCCUAAUUUACAGGCAGUUUAUGCUCUCGCGCUGACGUCAGUGGAGCUUUCCUGGAUGUAUAUAACCGUCCCGACAGAGGCGUUCCACUCCAGUCGUCACUGAACGGGACUUUCCGGACCGGGGCAUUUCUGACACUACCGGAGACAAAACUUUUUUUUUUGCAUCAGGAGACAAAAGAGACACCGUAUCCGUCAGCCCAGAAUGAAGCCUGUACCCCACGUCCUACUUCUUGCCACUGUCCUCCUAACUUUGCACGUGCCAUCCAGCGUCUGCCGACCGCGGGACCGGGGCAUGUUCACCGGCCACGACUACAAGAACCAGCUGGAUGAGGUGUUGCUGAGCGCGGGCGACAACGCAGUGUCCUACCUCAUUGGGGAGAAACUGCUGAGGUCCUUGCAGAGGAACCCGCGGCUGCAGAGAAGUCUCGUGCUCCCACAGUUUCCGUUCGAGAAUUCCGUGACAGCGAUGGGGUCGAGAGAUCUUGAUCAGCUGGCGCGCAGCUUGCAGCAGCCGUUGGCUGUCGACCGCGCGCCGGAGGAAGAGAGCAACAGUCUGGACGAGCUCGUGGGGCUGAACAAGAGGAACGACGAUCCUCCGAUCUCCAUCGAUCUCACUUUCCACCUGCUGAGAAAUAUGAUCGAGAUGGCGAGGAUCGAGAACCAAAAAGAGCAAGCAGAGUUGAACCGCAUAUAUCUAGAUGAAGUUGGAAAAUGACGCGGCAAAGUUCGUUGAGAAGGGAGUAGACUAAAACAUGAUCUCAGAGUAGUCCUAACCCCUGGCACUCUCAGACCCCAGUAGCUCCAUAGUUAACACUUAAAUGCUUUAAACUGUUUAUUUGCCUGUUAUUUUACUCAUAAUUUGGUGCCCUAUGUGAAUUAAUGGAUCAUCCGCACGGACCCAAAAUGUUUUUGAAUAAACCGUUUCCAAGACUGUUUUUUACAGAGGCCCCCGUUAAAAGAGCACUCACGGUGGAUAUUUUGCCCGCGGAAAAUCUGAAGCGCGUGUCUUCUGCUAGGACUGUGGCCUACGUCAUGUUUUAUCGCCUUUCUAUGUCAGGAAUUUGAAUUAAACUAAAAACGUACUUCGUGUGUUUGUUUUCACCACAGUUGGAAGUUAUGUUCAAAUGUGUAACAGGAAUGCGAUAUUGCAAGUAGUAGAUCACAGUUAUCUAAUAGCCUCUAUAAAUGUAAUUAGAACUUAUUGAAUACAGAAAGCUCAACAUUAAUAUUAACAAAGCCAACAUCAAACAAAUCACCUGUACUGUACCGCGCAUGCUUACAACUUUAGAGAACAAAAACAAACAAAAAAUAUUCUAAUGCCUACCUUGUGUUGUUUACUGUUUGUCGGAUCCUCAUAUUGACUGGAUGCAUAUGGGUUUAGAAGUAAAUAAAAGCUUUUUGCCAUUUAUAUUUUGUAAUAAAAAGAAAUCCUGACGAACAUUUCUAUAGACUCGUGGAUGUAGUCUCUGAACAUGUCUCGUGGAUGUAGUCUGAACAUGUCUCGUGGAUGUAGUCUCUAGGUUAAUAAAGACACGUCUUGCUGA